UAUGUAUACUUUGAAGCGACAAUACAAGUGACGUACACACAAUUAUUUUCUUCACUGCAAAAUUCUCUCAUUGUGUAGCGAUAGUUUUAUCACUAUCUUAACUGCAAGGUUUUUGUUUGAGAAAUGGGGAGAGCACCGUGCUGUGAGAAGACAGGGUUGAAGAGAGGACCCUGGACACAAGAAGAAGAUGAGCUUCUUGUUGAGUAUAUCAAGAAGAAUGGUCAUGGUAGUUGGCGGUCUCUACCUAAGCUUGCCGGUCUACUCCGGUGUGGGAAGAGUUGCAGGCUCCGAUGGACAAACUAUCUCCGGCCCGACAUUAAACGUGGUCCCUUCAGCCCCGAAGAAGAGAAGCUCGUCAUCCAGCUACACGCCAUUCUCGGCAACAGAUGGGCUGCUAUUGCGGCACAGAUGCCGGGAAGAACAGAUAACGAGAUCAAAAACCUAUGGAACACGCACUUGAGGAAACGCCUCUUAUCCAUAGGGAUCGACCCACAAACCCACGAGCUAACCACCAUAUCCUCGCCAUUAGUCGGCCCACUUAAACGACCUCCAGCCUCACCCUCCACCCGCCACAUGGCACAAUGGGAGAGCGCCAGGCUGGAGGCCGAAGCACGGCUCUCGAUGGAAUCAUCGAUCCUUUUAGCCCCGUCAACACCCCUACCACCGAACAAGAAAACCAACACCGACUACUUCUUACGUAUUUGGCAUUCGGAAGUUGGAAACUCUUUUAGAAAUAUUAAUAUAAAAGGUGAGAAGAUCGAGAAGAUCGCUUGUUCUAGUCCAGCUUCACAAGCCUCGGUUUCCGGGAUGACUAUCGAAACGGGACCGAAACCAGAAACCGAACUCUCGUCUAGCAAUCCGGAACCUGAAUCCAAACCCGACCACACGAGUAUACAUCUCUAUGCUGGAUUCACACAUUCGUCGAGCUCGAAUGAAGUUGAAGACUCGUCGGAUACUGCCCUACAGUUGUUUUUUGAUUUCCCAGGGCAAAAUGAUAUGAGCUUCUUAGAAGCUCAUUUUUAACUAGAGUAGUAAAGUUUGAUGUUAGUAUCUAUGAAUGAUGACUUGAUGUUUGACUUUGA